AUCUACUUAGGUACUUAGUUAUUGCUUGAUAUAAAAGGGAGGAAUACGAACACAUAUCGCACAGUCUUAUUAAAACUGUAUCGAAAGUCACAUAGAAUUAGGGAACGAAAUAAUUAAUUAAAAAAAUGGCGUUAUUAACCAAAAGCUUAUGUUUUCUAUUAAUAUUAUCACUAGCUGCAAUUGGAUGUUAUUCUGAUGAAAAUUGUGAAACUUUUCCAACCGAAAUUCAUGUUACUAAAGAGGAAUAUGACGAUAUGGGAAGCUUAGUAAGAUCGUGUAGCGGAGAAGUAAGUGUUAACAAAUGUGAAGGAAUAUGCAACAGUCAGAUUCAACCAUCGGUCGUUACACCGACGGGCUUUCUGAAGGAAUGCUUUUGCUGCAAAGAAAAUUAUUUGAGGGAACGUCUGGUGACGUUAUUCCACUGCUAUGAUUCUGAUGGCUUAAGACUUGAAGACGAAGAGCGAGCUGUUAUGGAGAUCCGUUUGAGGGAACCUGCCGAAUGCCGAUGUUACAAAUGCGGAGAUUACAGCCGAUGAAACAUAGUUGAAAGUAUAAUGAUGAUGAUGUACUUAUACCUAAAAAUGUAUAAAAUGACACGUAAUAUUAAAAUGCAUUAUGUACCUAAUAU